CGGAACUGCUGGGCUGAAUAAUAACUGCGACUGGAUUGUUAUAAAAACAAAAGUUCACCAAGUAGUUUUUUUUCUUCUAUUCUAACUUUUCUAUUCUAUUCGUCAACAAUCUGAAUAUCUACAUUUUUUUUUUCAUCGUCGACUUAGAUGUUGUUGCUGUCUCCGACUUGAUUUGUGACUUUAUAUCAAUGUAGUGUUAUCGGACGGACCGAUAUUUUUGUUCAGGUGGUCGACCACUGCCCCCUUUUCGGUUGUUUACUUUUGCCUGUUGCCUUCACAUCACCCGCUGUGUAUGAGUAACUUUCUGUUUACUAAUUCUAUGUGACAUUUGACGCUAUUCUAGCUACUACUAUGGCCGAGGCAGCCCAACAACCACAGCAGGUUGAGAUCGAUCCGGAUUUCGAGCCUCUCUCCCGGCCCCGCUCCUGCACGUGGCCCCUGCCGCGUCCGGAGUUCAUCACCCCGGGCGAUUCCAACACCUCCUCUCCCGCCCCUUCUGUCAAACAAGAACCCAGCAGCAACUCCGACUUCAUCUCCAGCCUCAGUUUAUUAGAAGAGACUGAAGACUACCCCGAAGAGGAUCAGAAACCCACCAUCCUCUGCAAUGAUUUCCAAUGUCAGGAAAAUUGCAUCCACGACCACCAGCAGCAUCAGCAGCAGCAGCACCCGGGGAACAGCCCCCAACUCCCGCAGCAACAGGUGCUUCUGCUCUCCUCCCCGGCCGGGUCUGCAUCUUCAGUAGCGGCUGCGGCCGCUGCAGCUGCCCAGAGGAAAAGCAGUUCAUCUCGGCGUAACGCCUGGGGCAAUAUGUCUUACGCAGACCUCAUAACUAAGGCUAUUGAGAGCACCCAGGACAAGAGGCUUACCUUGUCUCAGAUCUAUGACUGGAUGGUGAAGAACGUGCCUUAUUUCAAGGACAAGGGAGAUAGCAACAGCUCUGCUGGAUGGAAGGUAAGCUUUCAAUACAGUACAUUACAUCUGAUGAGAUUUGAGUUAUGAUUUAAGGGCUAUAAAAAAAAAAUUGAUAAGGAUAUGGAGAAAUGUACCUUUAAUUGCCUAUAUAUCAAAGUUGACGUUUUUCAUCAUUUUUAAAUGAUGAUAUUGUAACGACCCUGGGAUUGUAAGCGCA